CCGACUGCAGCCGCGAUGGACCGACCGCGUUGCGACCGCGUGACGGCCUCGGCUCUGCUUCUGCUGCUGCUGCUGGCUGCGGCUUCGCAGGUGUUGUGUCAGCUGUGCGACGGGCCGUGCCUCUGCCCCCACGCCGCCCACGAGUGCCCCCCCGGCGUCCCCUCGGUGCCGGACGGCUGCCGGGUUUGCGCUCGACAGCGGGGCCAGUCGUGCACCGAGACGCUCCCGUGCGACGGCCGGCGGGGGCUGACGUGUGACUACAGCGCCAGUUUUCCCGGAGAACCCGGAGAGUGCGUGGGUCAGGAGGAUCUGACGUGCGAAGUCAACGGCGUCACCUACCAGGACGGGGAAUCUUUCCAGCCCUCGUGCGACGUCCACUGCCGCUGCAGGGGCGGCGGCGUGACCUGCGUGCCCGCCUGUCCCCUGGAUUUCCGCCCCGCCACCGCCGACUGCCCUCGCCCGCAACGCGUCCGGCUGCCGGGGAAGUGCUGCAAGGAAUGGGUGUGCGAGAACCUGGACAACUCCGUGCUUCAAGACGCCAUCUUCGCCGCGAGAGCAAAACCGCCGCAGCCGCCAGCCGCCCCCGCCUGCACGGAGCGUAGCACCGAGUGGAGCGCCUGUUCCCGGAGCUGCGGGGUCGGGAUCUCCACGCGGGUCUCCAACCGCAACCCGGCCUGCAAGCUCCAAACGGAGACCCGCAUUUGCGAAGUGCGACCGUGCCGUGCGCAGCCGCCCGUGCCGAGCAGACCCGCGCGGGGGCAGUGCACGGCCAGCUACGCGUCACCCGGACCCGUGCGGCUGCUGGAUCGCGGCUGCGGCAGCGCGCGGGUCUUCCGUCCGCGCUACUGCGGCAGCUGCGGCGACUCUCGCUGCUGCACGCCGUCGCGCACCUCCACCGCCGACGUGACCUUCCGCUGCCCGUCCGGCAAGCUGCGACGCCGAGCGGUGAUGGUGAUCCACUCGUGCGUCUGCCACAGCAACUGCCCCUACGCGCCCUUCACCAACCCGGCUCUUUGGGGGUCCCGACCCUGACUCGACCGGCCGUGUUAACUCCACUCUCGGAGCCGGCACGGACCCGCCGUCGGCCUUGAAAAACACAAAGACGUUUGUAGAUAAAACUAUUUUUGCUUGCACGGACGCUCGCCAUCGCGUGCGCUGGGAAGGAAUUCUGUUGCAAAGGAUGAUUUGUACACCACAGUGGUGCCUUGAGAUACGAGUGAGCCAAUCGACACGUUUUUUGAGAGACCAGUCAUCAUUCCGCACAUUUUUUUGUGUGUGUGUUUUUGCUUCAACUUAAGAUACUCUCCACUCGCAGUUGAGAUUUACUCUCAAAGGAAAUUGAAUCCACUUUUGUACUUAAAAGAAACAACAAAAAAAAAACGGACUCAAGAUAGUCUUAGCUUAAUGCUAACAUAAAAUGGAAGAUGGCACUGACCCGCUAACAAUUAGCAUCGUAGUCGCCGUUUUCGAGCCAGCGGACGACAGUUGAAGACAAAUGACGGAGCAACGCGUGCAAGUCGGUCAUGAGAUGAAUAUUAUUGACGUUUACGCAGUCACUGAGAAUGUUGGCAAUGUGAACGGAGGACAGAAAAACAAAGAAGUCGGCCAUUGUCUGAAUGACUUUGUUAUACUGCCCCCAGUGGCGAAUUUAGGCACACCAGAGGGAGCGGUACAACGAACUGAAGUGAAGUCCAUUUAUUUACAUUCUAUUUAAUGUUACCGUAAUUCCCGGCCUACGGAGCGCACCUGGUUAUAAGCCUCGACGCAAGGAAAGAGUUUAAUGCUAGUGCAGCGCUAGUGUUAGCGCGAUGCUAGCGUUAGCACGGCGCAAGCAUUAAACUCUUUCUGUGUAAGUAAGUUUCUUUCGGCUUGUCCUAUUCGGGGUCGCCACAAUAUGAUACGAACUCAUGACCAAACCAACGCGCUAACCACUGAGCUACGGAGCCUCCUAAACUCUUUCUGUGUACCGAGGCUCACAUCCAUGUGCGCCGCGCUAAUGCUAACGCUAGCGCCGCAUCACCGCAUAAACCGCAGGGUUGCGAGCGUGUGGGAAAAAAAGUUGCGGCUUGUAGGCUGGAGAUUACGGUACUUAUUUUUUCAUUGUUGUUGUUAUUGUUUUUAUAAAAUGAAAUAUUAUAGAGGCGGCACUGCAGCGUGUCUGGUUAGGACGUGAAGAUGAACAAUGCAGAGAAUAAAUGAAAUAGAACAAAAAUGUUCACAACGGCACGAGAUUAUGAUGAGAAUGUGGAAUUGAAUGUUAUUGUGUAAAUAUUUCUGCAUGUUCCAAUGAAACAAGCACACAGUGCAACUUUAUUCUCGUUAAAUUAUGAAUUUAUUUUUGUAGUACUGUAUAACAAUUUUUUUCAGCGUGGCAUAUUUGAGUUAUCAGUGACAUGCUUGUAUAUAUUCUUUUCUUUUUCAAUGAAAAAUAUCUGCCAAAUUCUGUAUUUUUAUCAUAAUAAAAAUCAUCUCCUGUUAUGAAUCCUUUUUUGCAUUCGAAUGAGUCCAAAUCAAUCUAUAAAUAAUUACUCGGAUACUUGCAAUCGAUUUAGUCUUGUGUUUUUCAUGAGUCUUGAGACCUUUCACCCGGGAAUAAAAGACUUUGAAAUGAAGUUUAAAAAUAAAAAUGCUCUGCUAAACGUAUUGAAUACAACAAUAAUAACAUAAUAAUCAUAAUAAUACUUUGUGUCCAAUCUGUUUUCAACCUCGAGAGUACGUGUUGCCAUGAGAACAAGCAGGGGGAGGCCUGCUGGUCCAUGGAACAUAAACCAUUUCAUUAGCAACUUGAAUUGAAGCAAUGAUACAUAAUUAGCAGACGUACGAACGGCACGCCACCUAACAAAAAUGAAUCAUGAAAUCAUUUCAGUUGAUUUUCAAAUGUACUCAGUGUCAAAUCUGGCCCUGUUUAACUAAGCUGGUAACUACUGAAGCAGUACAGUCCAAUAUCGAGUUCGUGACGUCGCCAUUUUCACGGCGCCAUAUUGCCAAACAAAAUAAUAACCAAAUACACGCGACCUUGUAGCGAUCACUUCACUUCUCAAUCUCAAAUUCCCAAGAAGUAUUUAUCAUGCCAAAUUGGCUCAUUAUUAAAAAAAAAAUAAAAAAAUAAAAUAAAAUAACCCAACACAGGGAGUCAUCUCCAACGUAUACAGAAGCGUGUUGCGGCCACAUGUUAAACUUUGGUUAAACUCUCCCCGAAAUACAUUUUUUUUUCUUUUUAUGCUUUGUUCUCAAAUGAGUCCAGUGUGUAUUUAAAAAAAAAAAAAAAAAGAAGAAGAAAAUACACCAUCGGUCACAACGAUCUUUAAGUAGGUUAACGUGUGGCCUCAAAACGCUUCCGUGUACGGGCGCUGAAGCCUAUCCCAGUGGUUUAUUUUCUUUUUUUAAAUACAUAUUGGACUCAUUUGAGAACAAUGCAUAUUUAAAAAAAAAAAAAAAACCAUCUGUCACGGAGAGGUUUGCCGAAGUUUAACAUGUGGCCGCAACACGCUUUGUGUACGGAAGAGCCGACUCAGUCUUAUUUUUUUAAACGCAUUGUUCUCAAAUGGGCCAACUACAGAGGAGCUACCUCGCUAAUUUUCCAAUCAUAGUUAAUGAAUACGAGUUUGUGUAAAACCACGGGUCAUUUCUUUAAAUAUUGGUAUUUGUAUUGAGCACUAGCUGAAAAGAUCGAUGAAUUUCGGCAAAGGUUAACGUGUAGCCGAGUACGCUUGCGCGUUCACAUUCCGUCCUGCCAUUGAGUGCAGAUCCAGCAACGAAGUAUUUGUAUGCGUCCAGACUUUUCCGUGUAAAUC